UGUCUAUUCCCUCCUAAAAAUCUCAUAUGCUAGAAAACCCGUAGAAUCCUGUCAAUUUCAUUCGAUUUCUUCCAUCCAAACUCCCAAUUCCAUCUAUAAAUCCCUUUUCCCGCUAUCUCCACCUCCAGUUUCAGUAGAGAAAACCCCCAAAUUAGGCUCAUGACAGAGAAAAAAAAAAAAAACCCUAAAGUGUCCUGAAAUUCCCGUCGUUGUCUCCGAUUUCUCCCGAAAAUCCCUUCUCUUUAUCUUUCGAGCUAUAAAUCGAGCUCCCGCCUAUCGAUUUCCGUAGAAAUAUUCCCGAAUUAGAGUUCGGGACAGAGAAACGCUGAAAUCUCCUCAAAUUGCCUUCAUUUUCUUGGAUUUCUCUUGAGAAUACGUUUUCUCGAUCCUUCAAGCUAUAAAUCGAGCUCCCUCCCAUAAUUUUCCGUAGGAAAAUCCCCACAUCAGUGUUCGUCACAGAGAAACCUAGAAUUCUCCUGAAUUCCCAUCCUUUUCUCGGAUUUCUCCUGAAAUUAGGUUUUCUCGGUCUUUUGAACUAUAAAUCAAGCUUUCUUCCGUUAACUUGCAUGGAAAAUUACCCAAAUAAGGGUUUGUGUUACAGUAAACGUCAAAUUUCCUAAACUUCGCAUCAUUUUUAUUUGAUUUCUAUGAAGAAUUUGUAAAAUAGAGCUCACGGCAGAGAAAAGCCCGCCCAACUUCCCAAAUCCAUAUCACUUUCUUAUAUUUCUCUGGUAAAAUCCUUUUUUCCUGUAUUUUAAUCCUUUAAUAUAGAUAGCUCUGUACCAUCAAUUUCCAUGGUCUGUGGAAUCACCUCCAAUCUCUAUUGAAUGUGUACUUCGAUCUUUGCAGCUCUGAGUCGAGCCCUCUGUCAUUGAUUUUCAUGGAAUUUUAGGGUUCAUUCCAAACGGACCCUCUCAAUUUCCUCAAAUCCUUGUCACUUUUCUUUUUAGAAAACUUUUUCUUUAAAAGCAUUCUGACAGUAUUUCAAAGCUCUAUUUCAAGCCCCCUGUUGGUGAUUUCCUCAAGGUAACCCUUUUUCCUCCUUGAAUUCCUGUCUCUGAGUUUUUCAGUAAAUUCAUUAUACUGAUCUUUCUAGCUUUAAAUGAAGCCCUCAUUUGUCAAUUUCUAUGGGGAAUUCCACAAACUAGGGUUGCAAAAUGGUCUCUGAAUCAAUGGAUUUGGUUCCACCACAGCAGAGGGGUGAGAAUGGCUUGAAUUCUCAGAUGGUCUUCCAAGACGAGAGCUUACAGUACUCCUGCGGUGGCACUAGCACGCCACACCGGCGUGUGGGUGAUCCUGGACGGAAGCCAAGGGCGGAAGCAGCAGGUGGAUUCAUGGACGAGAAACUGUUUGAUGUGGAUGCGCGUGAGCGCUACUUCCGGGCACAAGGUGCAGAAUUGCGGAGGAGUGUUUAUGAACCACGGGACCGGCCGGAGAACCAGGACUGGAACGCAGAGGGGAGCACUGGGACACCGAGUGGUGAUGGAUCAGAAGGCGAUGAGGUGGACGAGGAAGAUGAGGAUGAGGAAGAAGAUGACGAUGUCGAUGAAGGGGAUGGAGAAGUUGAAGGUUUGGUUGCUGCAGAUGAUGGAAAUAAGAAUAACAACAGCAGCGGUAGUGUACAGAGUAGCUCGGAGAAAAUUCGCAAUGAGAAAGCAAAUUUACACAAACAGCAUUCUUCUUUUGGACUGGGCAGAGGAAUUUUUGUGAAGGAUGGCGGUGGCAUUGUGCACUCAACAAGUAACAUUAGAGGGAGUUUAAGUGAACAUCAGCACCAACAUGGUCGGAUGGGUCAUUAUGAGAAUGCAAUUACAUUAACGGAGCCUGAUAUAUACUACACACAGAUGCUGCAGGGGCAGGAUGGGUCGGGCCUCUCUCAAAAGGAAAUAGGAGGGGAGAACGGAUGUGGUUUUAGUGGGAGGAAGGACAUGGCUUUGUCAAUCGAAUCGGGAGAGUCUCUUCGGGCUAUUCUCUCAGACCCCAUCAUGGGCACUCUCAUGGAUGAUGCAAUUAUUCUAUCUUGUGGACAUUCUUUUGGAAGUGGUGGACUGCAACACGUUCUAAGAAUGAAAGCUUGCUGUACUUGUGGGCAGUUAAUGACAGAAGACUUUGUGGCGCCAAACCUGGAGCAAUAUGAUCUCCUUCCACCUCUCCGCUCUGCAGUUCAGGCGUUCCGUCGGGAAGAAGAGUUACACUCUUCCAAAGCAUCGAAAAGAAGAAGAGACAGGUUUGAACAGGACAAGUGUAGUUAUGGUGAUCCAUUUCCCAUGGAUUUUUCAAGGGGUAAAGGUGUUCAGUUUCCAUUUGCUGUCACCGACCGGGUUAUUAUAAAGGGGAACAAGAGGACACCAGAGCGGUUUGUUGGACGUGAGGCUGUUGUAACAACACAGUGCUUAAAUGGAUGGUAUGUUGUAAAGACAUUGGAUAAUGCAGAAAGCGUCAAACUACAGUAUCGUUCUUUAGCAAAGGUUCCGGAUAAUCCAUCUUCCAAUAUGAUUUCAGAGAGGGCUCUGUCCAUUUGAUCAAAAAGGCCCCUCCAUCGUGCCAUAUGCAUGUCCGGAGCUGCAUUGUUGGAAAAUUCAGCACCGGGAGAUUUUGCAGAACAUGGAUCAUUCUCUUGGCUUGAGAAGAACUCGUAUGGCAUUUGAGAAGGAAAUUCUGUUGUAAUAGUGGCUAGUACUCUCUUCCUACUACGACGGAGCGCUGCACACGCGAGAAUGACAUGAGGAUGUUGAGUACAGGACUUCUUCCUACUCUUCUCUGUCAUGUUUCAAGUAAACAGGGAUCAUUACCUGCAAGACGUCCGCUGAUGUCCUGAUGGAGAAGAUUCAGCCAUUGGGAAGCAACAGUUGCCGCUAAAAGCAAGGAAACAUCCAAGUCAGAUCAAGAUAUUCUCUCAUAUUUCUUCAAAUUCAUGAAUAAAAGAUUUCUAUACAAGACCAUCACUUUUCUACUUUUCAAUUGCAUACACCCAUUUCAGCCA